GAAGCAGAAGUCGCUGCACAUUAGCGAUAUUACAUCUUUUGUAUGCAGUUUUAUGUCUAUUAAAUGUUAUAUUUCUCGUCUUUAAUCGGAUUAUAUACUUUUGAUGACUCUGUAGCAGCAGAAGACGGUGUUUUGAGGAUUAAAGCAUGCAGUGCUCCGCCUCCUCUCCUCAGGAGCCUCCGCAGGCGAGCGCUGAGCGGCCUGAGCUGACCCAGCUGCCCACUAAAGACCCGUCCUGCACAGACAGUGCCUCGGACCCAGGCAGCCCCAAAGCUCUGACCUUUGACCUGCUGAACAUGGUGAUCUCCUUCAAGCGGAUGCUGAUCUUCCUGGAGCCCAUCAUAGACACACUGGAGGUGCUGCGCUACCUGCUGGGAUGGAAGAUGCCGCUGUUUUCCCUGCUCAGCUGCGUUCUGCUCAACAUCCUCUUCCUCACUCUGACUGAAGGAUCGUGGUUCUCUCUGCUCCUGCUGGCCGUCUCUGCUCCGGCUGUGCUGGGUUUCCUUGGUGACCGUUGUCAGGGUGCGAGCAGCGAGAUGGCGCUGCAGAAGAAGAAACACUAUGCAGUGCAGCGGCGAGACCUGCAGACGGUCCACAUGAGCAAACAGGAGGCCAUGCUGGAGGUCAAGGGCAUGCUGAAGCAGAUAGAUGACCUUUUGACCCAAGCGUGUGUGUAUGCAGAGUCUGUGUAUAAGGUUUUAUACUGGGAGAGCCACGCAGUGUCCUCCAUGUUUUACGGUUUUCUCCUGACAGCAGUGUGUCUGCUGUAUACGGCUCCAGUGGGUGUGAGUCUUUCAGUAAUAAACAGCGCCCUCUUUCUGUGGAACAGAGAUUUCUGCAGAGUUCUGUUGAAGCUGAAGGAGUUUGUUCACCCGACUCGUGUGGAGCCUGUGGAGGAAACUGAACUGUGUGACUCAGAUCAGGCCAAUCUGCUGGAGCGCACGCCCACCCCGACCAGUGUGGAGGAUUUGUCUCCUGGCAAUAUUGAGGAGGCAGAGGAGGCGGAGCCUGACGAUGAGUUCAAAGACGCCAUAGAGGUGUGGCCUGUAGCGUAUUUGCUACCAAAGGUUCUGAAGAGAUGGAGAGCCCGUAAGGACGACGAGGACGUGUCUUCUGGAGUUCCUGAGUUUGACACGGUGUCUGAUAACGGGCUGUUAAGCAGAAAUGAGCCCAUCCGCAGUAAAGUGUCCAAACUCACGGAAAAACUGCGCAAACGGGUUCCUACCAACGCCACUGGUAACUGUUUCCAGUGCAAUUCAGCAUUUUCUGUUUUAAAGAAAAGGAGAAACUGCAGUAACUGUGGCGUAAGCUUUUGCUCUCGCUGUUGCUCCUAUAAGGUGUUCAGAUCCACCAUGGGAGCCACAGCUCCUGAAGCCCAAAGAGAGACUGUGUUUGUUUGCUCCACAUGUAACACUUUCCUCAGCACAAAGUAGGAUUGACCAUCCUCCCGAAACUUUCCAAUCUUGCAGUCCUGUAUAAGAAACUAGCGGUGGAACACAUGUUGGCUGCUGAAGUGAUUCUUGAGGUCUCGUUCCUUCUUUGUUGAACAUUUCACAUGGAAGACCAAAGUCCAGCUUCUUAUGUUUCCUCUUGAGUUUUUUUGUCUGUCCUAUGGUUGUGGCUUCCUAUUAGCUGCUUUCUCUGUGCAAGUCUAAUACAUGCAAUUCGUUUUACUCUGAUCUCGGCUUGCUAAGAGAUCAGAUGCUGUAUUUUCAUCAAUGACGUCAGUUUCCAGAGUUCUUGAUAGGAUAUCAGGUUAAAAUCAAGGGCCGUGGUUAUCUGUUAUUACUGUAUAAUUGCACAUUAUCCUAAAUAAUUCAACAAAACUAUGUAAAAGAGGGGUUAUUUGUCAAAUGCAAUAGACUUUAGGGGAUAGUUCAGCCAAAAGAAAUAUAUUAUUUCAUAUCAUUUACUCAGAAUCAAGUGGUUUCAAACCUUUAUGGGUUUUUAUUAUAUGUUGAAUGCAAAACAAGGUAUUUAGAAAAAUGUUGGAAACUGUUAUUGAGAUGCACAGUUGGAAAAACAAAUACUAUGAAAAUGGAUUCUUACCUGUUUCCAACAAUUCUCAGUAUGUGGAGGGUGAGUAAAUGAUGACAGCAUUUUCAGUUGUGUGUUAAACUAUCCCUUUAAGAUUUAUAGCUUUAUUAUACUGUUUUUUUAAUGCUCUUUAGUUAACGUGACAUCAGUUGUUUAUUAAGAAAUGGUAUUUAUCUCUAACUGCAACAACACUUAUGAUUCAUAAACCCUAGCUGCUUUAUGCUUGAACCCAUAAUUGUUGAAUCUAUAAUUUAUUUGUGUAUUUUUGUCUGACAAGUCCUUAAUCGAUACGUGUGGUUGUGGACAUUCUCAGUAAACAUUUAUAGUAAUCAGAGUAAUGCUAUUAUAUUAGCCUGUCAGCACAGAACUGUUUUCCUGGUCAUAUUGCUAUUGAAAGAAUGAGCUGUGUUCCUUUCUGUCUUUUAUUUGUAUAUCUGUUUGUCUUUAAGCCAAGGUUGAAUGUAAAACCAACACUUUAUGGGUUAUAAAGCUAUUUCCUAUCACUGCUAUUUAAACAUAAAGGCAGAUUUAUUGGGGAAUACAUCCUGAGUGAAACCCUUUCCGCUUUCUUCGUCAAAAUCUACUGUUACAUUAAUAAACACUAUAAAUAUG